AUGCUGUAUGCGAGGUUUCCCGAAAUUCGGAACGACGAUCGCGACCACGCGCAUUACCUCGAUCCGCAGAACCGCGCGCGCGCGGAAGUCGGCUCCCCCGCGAUUGUGUGGGACGCGGAGCUGCAGGCGCAGGCGGAGCGACUGGCGGAGUACCUUGCGCAAAAGGAGGGAUGCGCGGUGCGGCGGAUGAAGGAAGUCAGCGGCGGGGUCAACUUGCGCUGGGCGGCGGAAAGCUGGGGGGUGCCCGCGGAAGCGGAAUCGGCGGUGGCGGAGUGGGUGCGCGAAAAGGCGCACUACCGCCUGGAAGCGUUCCCCGCGGGGUGCGCGGAGGGUAGGGAUUGCACGCACUACACGCAGGUGGUGUGGAAGAAGACGGAGCGCGUCGGGUCACAGGGAAGGACUUGCUGUUUUGGAGUGAGGGGAAGGAAGGGGGAAAAUGGGGGAAGUGAUGGGGAGGGCAAGGGGGGAGGGGGUAACAGGGAUAAUAGGCAGGACAGGGAGGGGAGAAGGGGUGAUGAUGGUACCUGGCCUCUUGUGCAUGCACACCUGUGA